GGUGAAGUUGUUAGGCACACCAAAAUAGUGGUCUGCAAAAAGAUGAAACUCCCGGGAUCUCUAGUAUUUUUGGCAAUUUCCGUGGCAAUUUUGAAAUGCACAAUUUGCAACGACGAGGUUGCAAAAGAUGAAGAUGAUGAAGAUGAAGUAGAUACUACUGUCAAAGAAGAAGAUGAUGUUUUAAUUCUAACAAAUGACAACUUUGAUACCACUAUAAGUUCUAAAGGUAUAAUAUUGGUGGAGUUUUAUGCUCCUUGGUGUGGGCAUUGUAAAUCGCUGGCCCCAGAGUAUGCAAAAGCUGCAAAGGCUUUAAAGGAAAGUGAUCCACCUGUAUCAUUGGCUAAAGUAGAUGCUACUGAACACAAAGAGUUGGGUCAAAGAUUUGAAGUAAGUGGUUAUCCAACAAUGAAAUUUUUUAAGAAUGGUGAACCCUAUGAUUAUGAAGGACCAAGAGAAAGUGAAGGAAUCAUUGCUUUCAUGAAGGAAAGGGCCUCAACAGACUGGAAACCUCCACCCCCAGCUGUCAUACAGCUGAAGACAGAUGAUUUUGAUGAAUUUAUUAAUAACCAAGAUAUUGCUCUAGUAGAGUUCUAUGCCCCAUGGUGUGGACAUUGUAAAACUCUUGCUCCAAAAUAUGAAAAAGCAGCUCAGAUACUGAAGAACCACAAACCACCUAUACCUUUAGUAAAGGUCGAUGCUACUGUGGAUAGUGAACUGGCCAACAGAUAUGGUGUAUCUGGGUAUCCUACAUUGAAAAUAUUCCGUAAAGGUCGAGAGUCUGAGUAUAAAGGACCAAGAGAUGAAGGAAUAGUGAAUUAUAUGAUCAAACAAUCACAAGAGGCAUCAAGAGUACUACUAACAGUGAAACAAGUACAGGAUUAUAUGAAAAAGGAUAAAUUGAUGGUGAUGGGAUUUUUUGAAAGUGUAGAAGACAAAAAAGUCAACAUACUUAUGGAUGUGGCAAACCAGGGGAGAGAACUUUUCAGAUUUGGACAUACCUUUAACAAAGACAUAUGGAAAAAUUUUGGCAUUAGCAAACCAUCAAUUGUCAUUUUUGUGGCUGAAAGAUUCCAGACAAAAUAUGAACCUAAAAGACAUGUUUUAGAUAAAGAUGAUUUUACUGAAGAAGACUUGAAGACAUUUGUGGAAAAGAAUGCCUUCCCAUUGGUUGGUGAAUAUAACCAUGAAAUGGAGCCACGUUACAGAGAACAAAGACCUCUAUGUUUAGUGUUUUAUACUGUAGAUUGGUCCUUUGAUCACAGAGAUGCAACAAAUUUGUGGAGAACAAAAAUAGCCAAAAUUGCUAAAGAUUUUGAUAACAUCACAUUUGCUAUUGCUGAUGAAGAAAAUUUCAAAAACAUGUUGGAAGAGUUUGGAUUAGGAGAUUCUCCUGAGGAGAUCAACAUUGGUUGUUAUUCAAUGGACCAUAAACGUUACCCCAUGGAACCAAUGGAAGAGUUUGACAGUGAUGAAAUAGAAGAAUUUUUACAGAAGUUUAAAAAAGGAAAAUUGAAGCCCUACAUCAAAUCUCAGGCUAUUCCAAAGAGACAAUCAGGUCAUGUAAAAGUGGUUGUUGGUAAAAACUUUGAAUCGGUUGUACUGGACAAGACUAAAGAUGUUUUAAUAGAGUUUUAUGCACCAUGGUGUGGACAUUGUAAACAGAUUGAACCAAUAUAUGCUGACUUGGCUAAAAAGUUGAAGAAUGAGAAAAACUUAGUUAUUGCCAAGAUGGAUGCAACAGCAAAUGAUUCUCCUGACCCAUUUACAGCAGAGGGAUUCCCAACUAUUUACUUCGCACCAGCUAAUAAAAAAUCUGAACCCAUGAAAUUUGAAGGGGAGAGAACUGUAGAAGGAUUUGAAAAGUUUUUGAAGGAACAUUCCACAGUAUCAUUUAAGGCCAAGGAGGAGUUAUAGUUUUAACUGAGAAAUCUUUACUAAAUAUUUCAGGUUAAAAUAUUCAGUUGUGUCUUGAUGAAGAGUUCAGAUUGUUUUCAGGUUUUAAUCAAAUUAAUUUUACAUUAACUGGUUGACUUAAAAGCAUUUUAAUAACAUUUUAAUUCAUUUUAGGCAAUAUAGGUUAAUAUCUAUAGUCAUGAAAAUUUCUUUGCUGUAAAAAAUAGAUUUUGCAACAUACUAUUCUGGGCCAUUUGAGCUUAUUUUUAUCUCGUCUGCAGAAGCAAAAUAAAUUCUGUAUAUAAAAGCAAAUUAACAAUAGCCAGUAAGAUAUUUAUCAUAUGAAAUAUAUCCUCAGAUUUUAAUAUAGUAAAAUAUAGUAAAAGUAGAUGUACAUGUAAAUAACAUUUGAAACUUGUUGUAAUGGUUACUUUGCUAGAUGAAGAUAGGAUAUUUAUUUUUAUAUUUAAAAUUGAUGUCAUUUACUUAAACUACAACAUUUAUUUUUACACACCAUCUGUUAUAGUAAAAUAUAUAGUACAAUUUUUUUUAUGUUUUUAUUUCUUACUAGUCCAUGUUGGCUGCUGUUUGGGAAGAACUAUAAUGUUAAUUCUGAGAGCAGUUCAUCCAAACCAUUGUUAUGACUAAUUGAUGCGAGUUCCAUGUUUUUUUUUAACAUGAUAGUAUCUUAAAGAGGAUUUUCAGAUUAUAUGAGCAUGACAUGUAUGAACAGAAGUGUUCUGAUUCAUUGAAUAUUGUUAAUGUAUCCAUUUUUUGAACUGUCUUCAUUGAUGUAUGCUUUUUUUGUUUUGAAUUUGUUAUUACUUGUUUUGUUUUGGUGUUAGGUGCUUAUUGAAUUUGAAAUGGCUGACAUUUCUUUCAACAAAAAUACAACAUUUUUCUUAAUCUUAGUGAUUUGAAAUAAUUUAGGUUAAAGAUUAUCUACUAAAAUGAAUAUUGCCUUGAUUAUUAAACAUUUUGUUACCUGUCCAAGAAUAAUACUUCUGUUUUAUAUUGUUCAAAUUGAUAGCACUGAUUGUGUAAUGCCCUAAAAAUAGAAUUUAUGGUUCCUUUGUUAGAUGAUAACUCAAUAUUGACCAAAGGUGUGUCCAUGUGAGAAAAUUGAGAAGGACAAAAAUUUAAUUUAUGUUUGCACAUCUUAUGAAAUCAGAGUUUACACUUUAAAACCAGAUGAUCAGUAUAAUCUCUGAACCCUUCCCUUGAUAGUUAAUUGUGAUCAGGAUGAAUUUAUACCAAAUAAUAUUUUGAUACUUUUACACUUCUAUUUGUUGAAACCUACACUUUAAUGGAAGUACUAUUUGUAACCAUUGGAAUCUAUUACCGUAAUGUUUAUUUUUUCAUUUCACAUAGUGUUUGUUUAUAGGUUGUGUGAUGGGUACAUGUAUGUUAUAAACAUUUAUGUAAUAAAUAUGAUUAUAAUGAAUAGUACAUAUGAGAAACUUUGAUAGGUGUAUGGUAGUGUUUAAAUAUAUAUUUUUUCACAUUAAA